AUGGCUGCCUCACACGCAGAGGAGAGGUUGGCGGCCUGCAGCUUCCAAGAACUCAGCACCGGAGCCCAGUACAAACGCGAAGACCUCGUGGAUGCCCUGGAGACUGUGGCAGAUGUCGUGGAGGAGGAUGUGGAAGAAGAGAACGAUAAAGCACUGCGGCUGGCGCAGGCGCCGGUAAUGCGGGACGGGGCCGGGCGCGCGCUGGGCGCGGGCGCGGGCGCGGGCGCGGGCGUGGGCCGAGCACGGGCGCGGGCGCGGGCGCGUCGAGGCCCGGGCGUUGAUUUUAACACCAACACUUCUAGCUUGGGUGAAACACAAAUAAUCCCUGAGGAUUUUGUAGACUUUGCUGAUAUUUACCACUCUAAUGAAGAGUAUUUCAGAAAACUAAAAGAACUGAAGACUGCCCACAUAGAAACUAUGGCAAAGUUAGAGAGAAUGGACCAGAAUAAAUUAAGAUUCAAGGAGGUUCAGCCAUUGAUCAUCCGGGAAAACACCUGUAGUGCCUCUUCUGGGUCUUUAUCAGAAAAUAACUAUCAGCCUGUCUCAUUAGUGACAUCACUUUCAGAGCUUGAUAUAUGUCGGUCUCCUUCCAUGGUUAUGUCUUCCUCUGAAGAUGAGUUGCCUGAUUUCAAAACAGUAUAUCCCCAGAAAAAGGAAGAGAUGAAUUAUGCUAAGGAGCUCAUCAACAACAUGUGGAGGAACUUUUCUGUUGAAGAUUAUAUUCAGUCUAAAAGUGCUGACUUCCCAACAUCUGAAAAAAUUAAGAAGAAACCAAAAGCAUGGGUGUCAAAGAUUACAGUACCUGAACCUUUUCAGAUGACAAUUAGGGAAGAGAAGAAAAAAGAACAGAGCAUGAAAUUUAAAUCAGAACUUGAAGCAUUACACAAAAUAAUUACACAAACUCAAGAAGAUUUAGAAUGUAAAAAGAAAUUCCGAGCCAACCCAGUUCCUUCAUUUAUCUUUUUCCCUUCUUAUCGUGAGAUAGUUAAACAAAAUGAAGAACGGAGGAGGUAUAUGAAGGAGAAAAACAAAGAAGCUCUUUUGGCCUCAUUAAAGCCAUUUAAGUUUGUUGUAAGGGAAGAACAGAAGCAAGCAAUCAGGGAAAAGCAGCUGAGAGACUUUUUGAAGUGUAAAAAAAAGACAAAUCAAUUUAAGGCAAAACCUGUACCUCGAUCUACUUAUGGUUCAUCUGCCAAUGACUUAUUCAAAGAAGAGUUUCAGCAAAACCCAGAGCUGGGAAGCCUAGAUAGGUUACAGUAUUCAUUUCCUGUAGCUAGUAGGCUAGUGCUUGGCAGUUUGACUACAAGGAAACCCAAAAAUACUGCAAAGGUUGAAAAGUUGAAUAAGCACAAGAUUAAAUACCAGACUGCUAAUUUUGAAGACCCUCCUGAGACAGAUCAGAAACACCUCUCAGAACAGAAGUAUUAUAGUCACCUAAAGUACUGUCAAUCAUAUCCUUAUGCACCACUUCUCACAGUCUCUAAAAGAGAAAACAAAUUUACACACGUUGAGGCAGAUGAACAAAAUCUAAAACAUGUAUGUGAGCUUUCUCAGUCUCUAAGACGCAGGUCAGGAGCCAGAAGUGCAAAUGCAAAGUUCGUGCCUUCUAAUUACAACCCUCCAAUGCCCACGAUCUCUUCCAGAGGAAGAGAACAAGCCAUAAGGAGAUCACUUGAGGAAAAGAAAAUGUUGGAAGAAGACAGAAAUCGGAUCCUAACUAAGCAGAAGCAAAGAAUGAAAGAACUGCAGAAACUUCUGAUAAACCGGGCUAAGGCUUAUGACUCUCAUCAAAGUUUAGCUCAAGUGUCUAAAUCCAGAGUAAAAUCUCUAAGAAAGAGUGGAAGGGAAAGGAUGAGAGAAUACCGGAGAGAACUAGAAGAAAGAGAAGAAAGAUUAAAAAACAGGCCUCUACUAUUUGAAAGAGUUUCUCAGAAAAAUGCAAGAAUGGCAGCAGAAAAGCAUUAUUCUAACACCCUAAAAGCAGUAGGAAUAUCUGAUGAAUUUGUUUCAAAGAAGGGUCAAAGUGGAAGAGUAUUUGAGUACUUCAAAAAUCAAGAGAUGAAGAAUUUUAUGGAAGAUAAAGAAAGCUUUAAUGAAGAAGAAAAAGUAGAAGAAAGAGAGAAUGGGGACAUGAGUUAUUUGAUUGAUACCAACAGCCAGGAUUCUUGUGAGGAAAAAGACGAAGACCAUGAAGAAAGUGGAGAAGAGAAAUCCGUUGAAGAAUGAAAUGAAAUCAGCAGAGGUUUCUUCUCUGUGCUCAGACUGUUUAUCACCUUGUUGUGACCGAGGCUGCUAUGUAUUAUGAAUGUGGAUGGGAGCUUGCUUGUAUGAGCAGGACGGAAUUCAGCUGUUUGGUCAAUUAGAGGAAGGCCUUGCCUGCUUAGUUUUUAACAUUGCAUAAGGUCUGUUUGUAGG